GUUGCUGAACGCUCUCUGCGUGGAAACUUAUUAUCUCCACCCCUCUUCCCAACCCAAGCACUGACAGGCUCUCCGCGGCACACUUUGUGCUUUGCAGCUUUUCAGUAGUCUGCCUUUGCUGUCGAGAAGCCUCGGAUGGGUUCUCACAGAUCUGGAGGGGCCGAGAGCCCCUCCGCCUCUUCUAUCUUCCUCCCGCUAGGACGACGAGCUUCCCGCGCUUCCAUAUCGACCCAAGCUGAACGCGAGAGCUUGAAUGCUGCUCUCGAUCAGAUUCACUCAACAGCGUAUCAGUCUGAUUCCCUCACCGUUUUUAACGAUUUCACGAACCCUCCCAUUUCAACGUCUGUGACAGAUGACAAAACUUUGUCUGGAGAAUUACAGGGUGGCUUGAGUGGGCUGUAUAAUCGCUUUAGAACUUCGGUUGGGGGUGUCAAGGAUAUUGUGAGCGGUAGUGGCAAGGCAUCUGACCGGACAACUACGGAAGAUCUUGCUGCAACCAAAAGCCCUGCCGCAGAGUUCUUUAUGCGGUCAACUCCUGAUCCUGCGCCCGUAGGAGCUGAUCCUCAGACUUCACACCAAAGUUCAGUGCAAGGGUCGCGGAUAAAUUCACCCGUCUCCGGAAAUUUUCAUCCCGGACAGGAUGCGUUGACCCAGUCUGGAGUUGGGAAGGGCUCGAAAUUCUCUUCGAAGACCGCAAGUAUUUCAUCAAAAGCUUCGGUGUCACCAUCUCCUGCACUCAAAUCCCCGACUGCGCCGCUACCAAAGAACGCAAAUAGCUCUAUUGCGGUUGGCCCGACAGUGACGGAACUCAAUGUAAAUGCUAUCAAGGACGGCGCUCUCCACUCCAGAAAGAACUCUACCAAUGUUUCUUCACAUGGAAUGCUGACGUCGGACUCAGCAAGUGUUGACAGGGAAGAAAGUCCUGUGCCUGCUUCAAUGAGCUCGUCAGGUUUCAGCCAGCUGUUGACCCAUUCUCCAAAAUUGACUAGCAAAACUUAUAGUCAUCUGCAUGAUGGGCCAAAUGCAGCAGAUGUUACCUGGCCACCAACUUCUACAAACCAGUUACCCAACAAAUCUGGGCAGUCUACAUCGAUAGACCAACAGAUGCCUUCAGAAAUCGACAAUAUCUCUUCGAGCUCGCUACGAAAGACGAAACAGACGGAUAGUUAUCUAAUGCCACAAGAAACUAUCGCAUCCACCAACCAGACUUCUUUCAGUCCUGUCGAGUCAGUAGCAUCAAAUUCCGCGACAAAUAGCGUUGCUCGGACUUCCAUGGAGGAUGCCUCUUUUCGGGAAGGACAAGCGCCAGUAACGUUGGCUACUUCAAUGUCUAUGACAGAUCAUGAAUCAAGAUCUAGGGCUUCGUCGAGAUUAUCUGUUCAAAGUCGGCCAAAAGAAGGUCUACAACUUCGUGUCAAUCAAACCCGCUUGCCAGGGUUUACAAUAUCUCGAGUCCCUUCCACAGAGACAGCCGUGUUUUCCUCCGCCGUGACAGCUUCAAAUGCCACCCUUGAUCGAGGAACUGGCAUUGAUCAACGGAGCAGGAAAGUAGAUGGCGUCGUGUCGCAACUGAGAAGCAAACUGCUGAGCAAAGAUUUUUGGAUGCGCGAUGAGAACGCCAAAGACUGUUUUCAUUGUGGAGAGCCUUUUUCGACCUUCAGGCGGAAGCAUCAUUGUCGCACAUGUGGCCAAAUAUUUGACUCGAAAUGCACUCUCUUGAUCCCUGGGGCUCGCUUUGGCCAACCAGGCUCUAUCCGUGUUUGCAAGCCUUGUGAAGCAAUGAUCAAUGCUCACGAAGAUGACUCGUCAGACUACACCGACAGUGAACAAAGUCCCAUUGUGGUCAAUCCUCGCGUCUCGGAUCUCGGCUUGAGUAAUAUUAAUAAUAAUCGCCCGUCAAUUGAUGACGAUGAUACGGCAUCUGUAAUCUCACAAUCAGUCGAACGUGUCAUGAAGACCCCCACAAUGGCCAUACCGGCUACGAGACGAGCGGGUGAAGGCCACAAUCGUCGCUCAGCAGUUCUUGAGAUACCAGAUCGGCCUCUAGCGAGACCUACAUCUUCCAGAUCUUUGAAAUCGUCAAUGAGUGGAAGGCCUCAUUCAAUGGGUCACAAGCGCCAUCACUCCCGCCAACAAUACAUCCGCAAUUUCAAGUCUUACCAUGACGAUCGAGCUCCGUUUCAACGUCGAUUUGGAGAGGACAUGGGUUCUGAGUCUCGACUCCCUGCCUUUCACAAAGACAGUAUUAUUGACCCGGAUCUUGCGCAGUACCUUUCAGACGAUGCAUCCAGCGGUGAUGAACAGCCAAGCCUGCUAUCUGCGGUGUCCGAGUCUUCUUUUUCAAAGAGCGGAGAUCACGAAAAGGCGACGCUUAGCGGGCUUUUUGCAGCUGUGAAAAAAGGUCGGUCUGCACUUGGUGAUCGGUCAUCAUUCGCUAUGCUCCAUGCUGCCCGAGAUGGAGACGAGGGGAGUGUAAGCUCGCGAGCAGUGAAUCUCCCCCGCACCUCCCGUCGUCGCAAUCUCAGCGUUGCUAGCAGCAUCCACAGGCAGUCGCCCCGGGCGUCAAAGGACAAUGUUUUCAAUAUCCAUGAUAUUCCCACUCCAGGAUAUGGCUUCCCAACUGGGGUCACCUCUAGUGGGUUCAAAAUGACCCGAAGUUCGUCCAUGAGAGGCGCCGGUGCCCCGCCAGUUGAAAUGAACCUAGCUAGCCUGCAACAUGUUCGAAGGCUUCUACGCCAGCUUUUGAAGGAUUCCUCCAUCUCUCACGCCCAGAGUUGGGAGAAUGCACUCAUGCCCAUCUUGUUAAAGGCAGCUGACGAGGUAGAUCCGGAUGUUCAACGAGGUGACGAUAUGGAUAUUCGUCAUUAUAUCAAGCUCAAGAAGAUUCCUGGGGGUCGGCCCGGAGACACAUCAUAUGUGUCCGGUCUGGUUUUCACUAAGAACUUGGCUCUCAAAAGUAUGCCGAGAAGCGUGCCAAAUCCCAACAUACUUAUCAUUUCUUUUCCACUUGAAUACGCUCGCCAGCAACAGCAGUUUAUGAGUCUCGAGCCAGUCAUUCGACAGGAACGUGAAUUCCUCGCAAAUCUUGUUAGUCGCAUCGCUGCCUUGCACCCAAGUCUUCUCCUCGUUGAGAAAAACGUCUCCGGCCUGGCGCUAGAGUUAUUAGAAAAGGCCAAUAUUGCCACUGCCUACAACGUCAAGCCUUCGGUUCUUGAAGCAGUAUCCAGAUUUACACAAACCAGGAUUAUCACCUCGAUGGACAAGCUCGUGACUACUCCAAUGCAAAGCCAAUGCAGUAGCUUUGAUGUGAAGACCUAUGUCUACAAUGGCCGCAGGAAGACCUAUAUGUACAUAUCCGGCUGCCCUAAGUCCCUUGGUUGUACAAUUGUCCUUCGUGGCGACGGCGACAGUGUUCUUAUGAAGGUCAAAAAAAUCACUGAGUUCAUGGUGUAUGUGGUUUACAACCUCAGACUGGAAACCUGCUUGAUGAGGGACGAAUUUGCGCAAAUCCCAACGGCUCCAGAUAGCAUGCCGAAGAAAUGGACAGCCGAUGCAGAGAAGCAAAGUAAUCAAGCUUCCCCGACAAGCCCGGGUGAUUCAAAAGCUGUGUCUCCCGGGCUUCUGAAAUCGAGUCCAAACGAGAAAUCCAGCGAUGCCCCAUCACCUGACGCGCCAGUCGCUCCGGUAGCCGACGCAAUUGAAGUUCCCGAGGAUGCUCCCAUGCCAACAUUUUACGAAGAUAUUGUCCAGAGACACGAGACUAUAGUGCUGUCCGCCUCGCCCUGUGUCAAAUUUGAACCGCCCUACCUCCUUAUGAGAGCCAGGGAAAUGGAACGCAGAUUAGCCCACCUGAAACAGCUGCGUGACCAAGGGUUGAAGUCAGAACUUCCGGCUGAGGAGGAAACAAAGCCUCAGAAAUUCAUCCUGGUCACACCUGAGAUGGUGCAUAAAUCGCUUCACAAUGCACCGCCUAAGGUGAAGGAAGUUCUGAAUGCUGCACAUGAGGCUGAGCACGAUAGAGCACUUGAUCAUUACCAGGCCCAGAAACGGCAAUGGGAAGCUUACAUCUCUGGUAAUUCGGACCUCUUCGAUCCUUACGCACACCAGAACAUAGUAGUACUCUUCAGUCUGGUCUGCACCACGACCUCCAUUCCGUGCUCUGGUCCCGAUGUGUUUGCCUUGGAGUAUUAUAAUGAACAUGGAGGCGAUAGGAUGUUUGAGCCAGACUGCACUAUCGGCCAAUACGUGGAGGAUCUGUGCCAUAAUGCCAAUUCCAUUUGCACUGUCAACGGAUGUGAAAAACGGAUGUUCGAGCACCAUCGUCAAUACGUCCAUGGUGAGGCUCAGAUAAGCAUUUUCAUCCAGCCCUAUCCAAGCAAGCUGCGAGGUUUGCAAGAUACAAUUUUGAUGUGGAGUUGCUGCAAGAUUUGCGGCAAUGAAACGCAGGUCAUCCCCAUGUCCGACAAUACAUGGAAGUAUUCCUUUGGGAAAUAUCUAGAGAUUUCUUUCUGGAGCAAGAACUUGCAUGCCCGCGCAGGCGUCUGUCCCCAUGAUUUGCAGCGGGACCAUCUUCGUUACUUUGGCUUCAAGGACGUUGCUCUUAGGAUUCACUAUGACGCAAUCAACUUACUUGAAGUUAUCGUCCCGGGGACUCGAGUCACUUGGAAAGUGGACAAUGACUUGAAGCUAAGGAACGAAGUCUACCUCAAGACUGAACGAAGGUUGAACAUGUUUAUGGCUUCUGUCAAUGCUCGAUUGAAAGGCAUCAACGUUGAAAGCGUAAUUCCAGAAUUGGCUGAAGACUGCAAAAAGGAAAUCGACAGUCUGGUCAAAAAGGCGAGCGAAGACCAGGCUAUUUUAAUCAAACAGCUUCAGGACAAGUACACAAAUUCUCGUUAUUGGGAAGUGACCCCUCUCAAUGAAGCGAUGCGGUCAGUUCAGGAGAAGGUGGUCGAGUGGGACACUGCUUUUGCAGAAUUCGAGAAGAAUUUCUUUCCAUCUGAAAAGGAUAUCAAACGACUUGCUACGUUGCAGUUGAGAAAGAUUUUCCUAGAUAAAGAUGCUUCAGUGACCUCUGUCACGUCCGCUGAAGAGGCCCCGACCACACCUACAGAACCCGGUGAGGAAAAGGAGAGUGAAACCUCAGCGAAGCCCCGUGCUUUGCGUCGAAUGACACUGUCGCCGGAAAAGGCUCAAGAUGUUUUUGUGUCUGUGGUAGAGGAGCAUUCCGGGAAAAAGAACAGAGACAAACACGAUGCAGUCAUUGAAUCGCCUGAAUUGUCUCCCUCCUUGGAUGAGGUACCAAAAUCUCCAGCCCUUAACAACCACGAAACAGAACAGGGGGUCUCUUCUCCCCAACUUGAGGCCAUGGUGCAAGAUGAAGUACAGCACCUGGAUCUAGCGCUACCAUCUAAUCAGCCAAUUCAAAUUCCUCUAGGCUUGGCACCCUCAUCGUCUGAACCAACCCUGCCACCACCAGAUACUACUCCUUCGGGUACCGGCGAGAUGUCGACUGAUGCCCCUGCUGCCCAUCCGGUGGAAAAUCAGGGUCCAAUUCAAAAUAAUAGCAAGGAUGGUAGCGCAGCGGGAACCCCGCCAAGUCCCCAAGGCCAGCUACCUUCGGCCAUUCCUCGACUUGCGGAAGGCGCCUUUCGCAGGACUUCCAAGACGAGGCCAUCUCCCAUAUUCCGAACUCAGUCUCAGCCUAGCCCUCCCUAUAAGGAUAGGAGCCUCAAUGGUUCUACUUUGGGUGCUCUUAAAGCAGGCUUCGGAAAUCUCAAUGGAAAUGACGGUGCCCUCAGCCCUCCAUUUGAGGGGAAGCUCAAGUUUCACGAUCGAAAGCUAUCGGAUCGCCUGGGUCUGAGUGCUCUCAAGUCUGGAAGAUUACCUUCAGGACAUUCUCUCAUUCCUCGCUCUAUUCCUAAGAAAAACGCCACGCGGGUGUCCAGUCUGGCCAAGCAUUUUGAGCAACUGAGCCGCGAGUUUGAGAAAGAGCGUCAACGGGAAAGACAGCAGCGAGCUGCUCGUGGUAUACAUUCUCGUGCUUAUCCCAUGGCGUCUUCAAAGCCAGUCGUGGAAGUCUACAGGAACGUACGGGAGGCUGUCGAAGAGCGCGAGCCUUCGGGAGAGGGAGAGGAUCUUCUAUCAUUAGUACCGCGGGUCUCGUUGGAAGAAACUAACAAGAAUAACGAAGAACCCGUGAAACAGGUCGCCGAGGAGCAGAAAGAAGAGAUUGUCCCGGAUCUCCCCGUCGAACCAGAUGAUAACAAAGAGAUCGAUCAAGCCGACAACCAAAACGCCUCCGAGGCUGAGGCAGAAGCAGAUGAAGAGCAUAGCGACGAAGAUAAAGCGUUCACAGAUGAGCUUCACCUCACUGAGUCUCAUGAAGAGCUUGGGAAGAUGUCCCCAGAAGACGAGUCUAUGGACAUCAAAGACCUACCCAAGCACGAGAGAAAUACCCUUCUGCAGCUACUCACUAAUUUCUGGUCCGAACGCUCUGCAAGCGGUUGGGAUCCCCUCGAAUAUCCGCUCAAGAUGUCCGAACACAUGUUCACGGAUUGCGAUAUCAUUGUCCGGGAGGAUGAACCCAGCUCCCUUAUAGCUUUUGCUCUGGACUCGCCGCAUUACAAGGAAAAGCUCGCCAGCUUCCAAGCACAGUAUGAGGAGCAAGAAGAGCCCCGGUCAGACUCGAGCGGAAGUACAGAUUCUGCAAGCGAGUCCAGACUUGAGCAUGCGCUUCUUCGAGCCACUGGAACCCACCUCAAAUAUCAGUUCCAAGAGGGUCAGGCGAAGAUGCUUUGCAAGAUCUUUUACGCAGAGCAGUUCGAUGCACUACGAACUAAAUGUGGAGUCGCUGAGCGUAUUGUUGAAUCGCUCUCCCGGUGCGCGAAAUGGGAUUCGAAGGGGGGUAAGACCAAGUCACUUUUCUUGAAGACACUUGACGAUCGAUUCAUCUUGAAGUCUCUCUCCACGAUUGAAACACAGGCUUUUCUCAAGUUUGCCCCGGCCUACUUUCAAAUCAUGUCGGAGGCGCUCUUCCACGAACUGCCAUCGGCUAUUGCAAAGAUGUUCGGAUUCUACCAAGUAAUUAUCAAAAACCCAGCGACAGGCACUGAGUUCAACUGGUUUCUGCUGCUCAUGGAGAAUCUCUUCUAUGACCGCGUGCCCACUCGCAUUUUCGACCUCAAGGGCUCCAUGAGGAACCGCAAGGUUCAAAGCACCGGCGAACGCAACGAAGUGCUUCUGGAUGAAAACAUGGUCGAUUUCAUCUAUGAGACGCCACUGUUUGCUAGAGAGCACUCGAAGAAAUUGCUGGGCCAGAGCGUAUGGAACGACACGCUUUUCCUUGGCCGCCAGAAUGUGAUGGAUUACUCGCUCAUGAUCGCUAUCGACGAAAACCGGCGUGAGCUUGUUGUCGGGAUCAUCGACUGUAUCCGCACCUACACGUGGGAUAAGAAACUCGAGUCCUGGAUCAAGGAUCGUGGCUUUGCUGGAGGCGGCAAGAACAGACCUACCGUCACCAGUCCCAAAGAGUACAAGAGCCGAUUCCGAGAGGCCAUGGCUCGAUACGUCCUCCAAGCACCAAGUUGCUGGCACCAAUUCCAACCAAGCCAUAUGUACCGGUAUCCUCGAAUUGAGAGCCAGCUUGAUCAAAUUCCAAACACGACAGAUGUCGACAGCGUCGAUGGGAGUGCCGACUUGAAUGCUGCCUUCUGAUAAAUUUCCGUUGCACGAGUUUUACGAGUUUGCAGUUGAUAGACAAUGAACGACUCACGACUUGACGACUCUCUAUUACAUAUACUCACUCCAUCCCAGCUAUGAUUUUUUCU